CCGGAGUCAGCAACAGAGACAUCAAUGGUUUAAUGGAUAGGGGGAACUUACCUGUCAGAAUCAAGGUCCUAGAGUGACACCCCACUGUGUACUGCGGAGGGCGAGCAGGACACAGGGCAAUCUUUGCUCCCAGGGGCAGAGGGAGGUUAGCAAUUAUAGGGGGAAGUAACUACAGGUCGACUCAUUACCAGGGAAACCAGCAGAGGGGCACGCCCCCUCGCCAGCCAUUUGCUAUCAGUAGCUAGGGCCUGGGGCAAGUAUGUAAGAAGGUCAGUCCUGUGAGUCGGGUGUAGGUGAGGCAGGAACUGGUUAAGCAGGGGAUGUAUAGAGAGCAAGAGAACAGCUACCUCCAGCAGCCUAACCAUACAGAAGGUUUUAAAAAUAUCAACUGCAAAAGGCUGGUGGACAUUUAACCUUCAACCCUUCCAUUCACCUAAUUAGCCAUCAUGAAUCUUUCAUCCACAAAUACAUUUGAAGGCCUUUGAAAUCGAUUCCUAUUCAGACUGUAGUCUUCAUAAACAGAAGUCAAGGUGAUAACUGCACCAGAAAAUUCAAAGAAUCUGAUAAAGCAGUGAUCCAAAUUCUUGUUUGUAGGUGGCCACCUGGUGAUCGGGGCAGUAAUUCGCUGAAAAGGACAAAAGAUGACUGAGUAGGAGUCCCCCCAAUCCAGAACCAUAUGGAAUCAAACAGCCUGCGCCGACCAAGAAAGGAGGCACACACCUCGCUGGCCACCUGCACAGCUGCCGGGCCUUGUUUCAUCAGUAAAGUUUCGCCAAACUGCCAAUCAGCGGCGACGCUGCACGUAGACGUGCUACGCUGUGACGUCAGAACAAGAUGGCUGCUCCCUGAAGACUUUCUCCUUCUGAAUGUUUGCCCCUCGCUUGUGUCAGGCUCAGAGUUAAAGACUCGGCCUUUCUCCAACCAUGUUCUCCUUCCGAGCCUGUGGUCGCUGGGUCGCGGCUUCACUCACCAAACAGCACCAUCCGUCUUCCCGGUUCAGCGGUGACAGCGCGGCGCCCUGGACUCCGCACUUCGACGUGGUAGUCAUCGGCGGAGGACAUGCGGGGACCGAGGCCGCUGCCGCCGCCGCUCGGUGCGGCUCCCGGACUCUGCUGCUCACGCACCGAGUGGACACCAUCGGUCAGAUGUCCUGUAAUCCUUCCUUUGGUGGCAUUGGAAAGGGGCAUUUAAUGAGAGAAGUUGAUGCCUUGGAUGGCCUGUGUUGUCGAAUCUGUGACCAGUCUGGUGUACAUUACAAAGUAUUAAACCGGCGCAAGGGACCAGCUGUUUGGGGUCUGAGAGCUCAAAUUGAUAGGAAACUUUAUAAACAGAACAUGCAAAAAGAAAUCCUAAAUACACCGCUGCUUACUGUUCAGGAGGGAGCUGUAGAAGAUCUCAUUCUUACAGAACCAGAGCCUGAGCACACUGGGAAAUACCGCGUCAGUGGUGUUGUUUUGGUGGAUGGAAGUACAGUGUAUGCGGAGAGUGUGGUUCUAACUACUGGGACGUUUCUGAGAGGCAUGAUUGUAAUUGGAUUGGAGAUGCAUCCAGCGGGACGUUUAGGGGAUCAGCCUUCCAUAGGGCUGGCUCAGACUCUGGAGAAGUUGGGGUUUGUGGUGGGAAGAUUGAAGACUGGGACUCCGCCCCGGAUCGCCAAAGAAUCCAUUAAUUUCAGCAUUCUAAACAAGCAGACACCAGAUAAUCCAUCCAUACCGUUCAGCUUUAUCAAUGAGACAGUGUGGAUCAAGCCAGAAGAUCAGCUGCCAUGUUACUUGACUCACACCAACCCUCAAGUGGAUGAGAUUGUCCUUGAGAACCUUCACCUUAACUGUCACGUUAAGGAAACUACAAGAGGACCCCGAUACUGUCCCUCCAUUGAAUCAAAGGUUUUGCGUUUUCCAAACCGUAUACAUCAGGUUUGGUUGGAACCUGAAGGAAUGGAUUCUGACCUCAUCUACCCGCAAGGGUUAUCUGUGACACUGCCAGCUGAAUUACAAGAGAAAAUGAUCACAUGCAUCAGAGGCUUGGAGAAAGCUAAAAUGACUCAGCCAGGCUAUGGUGUUCAGUAUGAUUACUUGGACCCCCGUCAGAUCACUCCUUCUCUCGAGACUCAUUUGGUGCAGCGGCUCUUCUUUGCUGGACAGAUAAAUGGCACUACUGGUUAUGAGGAAGCUGCAGCUCAAGGUGCGAUAGCUGGAAUCAAUGCAAGUCUUCGGGUCAGACACAAGCCUCCUUUUGUCAUUAGCCGGACAGAAGGGUACAUAGGAGUCUUGAUUGAUGACCUCACCACGCUGGGUACCAGCGAACCCUACCGCAUGUUUACCAGCCGAGCCGAGUUCCGCUUGUCGCUGCGUCCCGAUAACGCCGACAGCAGGCUCACGUUGCGAGGGUACAAGGAAGCUGGUUGUGUGUCCCAACAACGAUAUGAAAGAGCUACUUGGAUGAAGUCUUCUUUAGAAGAAGGCAUUUCUGUGCUAAAAUCCAUUGAGUUUUCAAGUUCUAAGUGGAAAAACUUAAUCCCAGAGGCUUCUAUAAGUAGUGGUAAAAGUCUACCUCUCAGAGCUCUCGAUGUUCUGAAGUAUGAGGAAGUUGACAUAGAGUUGUUGGCCAAGGCUGUCCCAGAGCCCUUGAAGGAGUACACCAAAUGUAGAGAGCUAGCCGAAAGGCUGAAAAUAGAAGCCACUUAUGAGUCAGUAUCGUUCCAUCAGCAACAAGAAAUAAAGGAAGUUCAGCGAGAUGAAGCUCUCCAACUGCCGAAAGACCUAGAUUAUAUGACUCUCAGGGAUGUGUCUUUGUCCCGUGAAGUUCGAGAGAAGCUACAUUUCAGUCGCCCACAGACGAUUGGGGCUGCCAGUCGUAUACCUGGAGUGACACCUGCUGCCAUCAUCAAUCUGCUCAGAUUUGUGAAGACCACUCAGCAAAGACAGGCAGCUAUGGAUAGAUUGCCCCAAACUGAUCAACGUUUAUGUAAUACAGACAAACUUGAAGAUAGACAGUUAUAGCUUUCUAUUCAUAGAAGACUUUUAAUCAAUACAAGAGUAUAGAUAGGAGAUAAGAUGUAUUUCUUUUUUUUUCAGCUUACUAUUAGUAACAAAGUUUAUUUACCUAAUUAAAUCCAAUGUAAAUCGCUCCUGACAAUGUACAAAAUUCUUUUCUCAAAGUUCCCUUUUUUCACAAACGUUUCAUCACAUUUUAUAUCCAUAUGAUUUGUCCCUUAGUUUUCCCCAUCCAGAAACAAACAGCUCUGGGACAAAAUUAUUAUCAUCACUUUUCCUCAACAAAAAUAUCUCCAUUCUUUAUACCUUCCUUUGCCGACAACACAUAUCCUACUUGCUUUACGCACUGAAAUGCUUCCCUGAUCAUUUUUAGUAGCUUUAAUUACAUAUUACAAUUGUUAACCCUUGAAAGCCUUAACAAAACCAAGAAACAAGUAAUUGAACUGUUAUACCAGCAUUUACUGACUGGCAAACUUACUUACGAACAUAUUCCAUAACCUCUAAAAACUUACAUUUUUCUCAUAGCAUAAUUUCUCUUUAAUGUGGUACAAGAUACGUGUUUAAUAAACCCAAACAUCUUCUGAAGUUCUACUAAUUAACCCAAGGCUGAAGUCUCAGGCAAAGUGGGCUUUGUAUUUUAAGGACAUGAUAAGAGUUAACUUCAAGCUUUCUCCUAGGCAUAUUUUUGUUCUCUCAGGGUCAGAAUUCUGAAAACAGUAUUUCAUCAAGCUAGCUUUCUCUAAGUGCGCUUCCCAACACAAACGGCCCUCAAUGUCAGACACACGUCAGAACCAAUUGGCAAAAUGCCCAAAUAGCACUUCGUGCUCAAAAAAGUAGUUUGCCGGCUGCACACCGGCGGACCUACCUCGGUCUUGGAGCUCGUCAGCUCGUUCGGAGGCAUCUUUCCGGUCCACCAAGGAAAAGCGUACAUUGGCAGCCAGUGCCGAGCAGGGGAGAGACAGGGAGGAGCCCCGAAACAAAUGGUUUCACGGCUGCUACGAACGCCCCCCCAAAUCCCCCUCCUGGGGCCAGCGAGCCACGGCAGCCGUCCCCGCGCGUCGUCAAGGCGGCGGCUCUGCGCCAAGAUGUAUGUCUAUUUAGCACCUGUUAAGAUAACCUUAUUAGGUUAUUAUAGCUUUGUCAUUAAUUUAUCAAUAGGAGAGAGAUUAUAACUGUGCUUUUUUGUGUAUCUGAAAAAAUAGUUAUAAACUUUUUUUUUAAAUGCACACCGUGAGAGCUGUGAGUUUCGGGGUUUUUUUGUUUGUUUUGUUUUUUAAUUUAUUUAUUUAU